AUGGCGUUUCCUGUAUAUUUGGUUUUGCUUUCUUCAAUAUUUCUUCUGCUACCAACAUAUGUGCUUGCACAGAUUCAUGGUAGAAUAGCUGUGGGUGCUUCUCUAUCCACAGCAGGAAAUUCCUCAUGGCUUUCUCCCUUUGGUGAUUUUGCCUUUGGGUUUCAGCAACUUGAAAACAAUGAUCUUUUCUUGCUUUCCAUAUGGUUCGACAAGGUACCAGACAAAACCAUAGUUUGGUACGCAAAUGGGGAUAAGCCUGCACCUGAUGGUUCAGUGGUGACUUUGACUGCUAACAGUGGGCUAGUUCUUACAAGUCCUCAGGGUGAGCAGUUAUGGAAAUCCAAUCAAACCAUUGCUGGCGUUGUUUCUCAUGGGGUUAUGAAUGAUACAGGCAACUUUGUUCUGGAGGACGUCAAGUCCGUAAAGUUAUGGGAGACGUUCAAUAAUCCUACUGAUACCAUGUUGCCUGGGCAAGUAAUGCAAAGAGGAGGGAAACUUUCUUCUCGAAAAUCAGAGACUGACUAUUCGAGAGGAAGCUUCACACUAAAUUUUGAAGAUGAUGGAAAUCUUGUCUUUACUGCGCAAAGACCUUUUUACUCAACCGGCACUACCACAGGGUUUGUUCCAGGAAGUGAAGGUCUACAGUUGGUUUUCAAUGACUCAGGCAACUUCUAUAUUCUGCGAGUGAAUGGUGGACAUUAUACUUUCACUGCGGAGGAGGGAGGUGCAGCAAAGGAUGUCUACUAUCUCCGGUCAACUCUCAGCUUUGAUGGGAUUUUGGCUCAAUAUUUCCUCCCAAAGAAUUUCAGCGGCAAUGUAAGCUGGGUUCCUCUUUGGUCAGCGCCACCAAAUAUUUGCAAAGAAAUUGAGGCUGAUUCAGGUCCCAGUAUUUGCGGAACCAACAGUAUCUGUACGCUCAAAGAAGACAAGAGGCCUACCUGUGUAUGCCUUCCAGAAUACUCUUCACUUGAUCCGGAGGACCCAUCUGGGAGCUGCUAUCCAACUUACAAACAAGGCUGUAAAAACGAGCUUAGUUAUUCACAAGAUCUAUAUCAUGUUCAGGUGCUAGAGAACACUGAUUGGCUCACCUCCAGCUAUGAGCAGUUAAAUGAUUCUACUGCAGAUACAUGUAGUCAAUCGUGCUUGCAAGAUUGUUCAUGUGCCGUUGCUAUUUACAGCAAUCAAACCUGUCGGAAAAAGAGGCUUCCGCUCUCAUAUGGGAGAGAGGAUAGAAACUUCAAUGCAACAACCUUCGUCAAAUUGAUGACAGGAUUGACAGACUUGACAGGUAAGAACAAUAAGAGCCACACCUUUUGGGGACAUGCAGGAGUAGGAACAGCUCUUCUAGGCACCUCUGUCUUUGUUAAUUUUAUGCUAGGUGCUGCAAUUUGUCUGGGACUUUCCUUUGGUUAUUUUCGGAGGAAACAUGCAGGGAUUAAUCCGCAAAAUAAUUUGGACACAAAUUUGAAGUCUUUUAGUCACAAAGAGCUCGAAGAAGCAACAAAUGGAUUCAAUGAAGAAUUAGGGAAGGGUUCUUUUGGAGUUGUUUACAAAGGAAUAAUACAAAUUGGUUCUGGUGUCCAAGUUGCAGUGAAGAAGCUCCACUGUGUGAUACACGAUGGUGAGAGGGAAUUCAAGACGGAAUUGAACAUAAUUGGUCGGACACAUCACAAGAAUCUGGUUCACCUGGUUGGAUAUUGUGAUGAGGGACAACAUCGAUCACUAGUAUAUGAAUUCUUGAGCAAUGGAACAUUAGCAAGCUUCCUUUUUGGUGAUGAGAAACCCAGUUGGAGGCAGAGAAUGGAAAUUGCAUAUGAUGUGGCCAAAGGGCUUCUGUAUUUGCAUGAAGAGUGUACCACACAAAUCAUCCAUUGUGAUAUAAAGCCUCAGAACAUUCUUCUUGAUGAUAAUUACAUUGCUCGCAUAUCUGAUUUCGGCCUGGCGAAACUUUUGAUGACGAAUCAGAGCCAGACGCAUACUGCCAUUAGAGGAACAAAAGGGUAUGUUGCACCUGAGUGGUUUAGGAACAUGCCAAUCACUACCAAAGUCGAUGUGUAUAGCUUUGGUGUUGUGCUGCUAGAGAUCAUCUUCUGCAGGAGAAGUGUUGAUAUGGAAACUAAUUGUGAAGAGAAAGCAAUUUUGAUUGAUUGGGUUUAUGAUUGCUACCUAGCGGGGAUGUUAGAGUCGGUUCUGGAUCACAAAUUCGACGCCGUGGAAGGUGAAAUGAAGCUGGAAGAGACUGUCAUGAUUGCUCUUUGGUGUAUUCAAGAAAAACCAUCUCUUCGACCCGCAAUCAGACAGGUUGUGCAGAUGCUUGAAGGAUUAGUUCAAGUUCAGGUUCCACCAUGCCCAUCCUCAUAG